UAAAAGCUAUCCUUUCUGUCAUUUUUGCCUUUUUUUUUAAAGAAGAGUGUCGUUUUUAUGGAGACUUGAGAAUUGAGAAUAGAAAGGUGGGAGAUAAAUAUAGAACAGGAAAUUUACAGAAAGGGUGAAAGAGAAGAGGAAGAAGAAGAAGAAGAAGAAGAAGAAGAAGAAGAAGAAACUGACUGAACAAACAAACUAUCAAUCAACAAAAGGACUAUGGAAGGUUUUGAGGUCUUGUCUUAGUUUGUCGGACUUCGUUUUGCUUCAAUUUCUUCUGAGGGCUUGUUAGAUUUUUGGGUGGGGUGAGAAGUUGAGAUGGACUUCACAAAGGUGGUAUACAAUAGAAUCCAGCAGCUAGAGCCUGAGAAUGUGUCUAGGAUUAUCGGGUAUCUGCUACUGCAAGGUCAUGGUGAACGUGAAAUGAUUCGAUUGGCCUUUUGUCCCGAUACGUUGAUCCAUUCGUUGAUCAACAAAGCCAAAUCUGAAUUGGGAUUGUCCAAAGCAGUAGUUUCAGCCCCAAUUUCACCUUCACAUGUGAAUCCUGCACCAGUUGCUGUUGCUGAUCUGCCUAUGCAGUUCACAGCGUACUCGGCUGCUUCCCCACGUCCGGUUCCAUCUCCGGCUUCCCUAAGGGCUGCAACGGCGUACUGGGAACAAGUGGCUGCAGAUCAGCAACAGCUCAACAACUUGGAUUAUGUGCAGCAGGGAUAUUCGGAAUCAGUCCAGGAUGAUUUUCGUCUUCAAAAUCAGAUGCAGUUCUUGAAUUUGGAAGGCCAGAUAGGACCUGUUAACUCUGUUAGUCCUGAUUUUUCAGUUAACUACUUCUUUCCCGAACAUCCUAUGGGUGCAAGAACCAGUCGUAGGUCUCCUAGCCUGCCGGAGUUCCCUGUUAAGGUUUGCCAUUACUUCAAUAAGGGCUUCUGUAAGCAUGGAAGUAAUUGUAGGUAUUUCCAUGGCCAUCCCAUGUCAGAAAGCUUUUCUCAGCUUUUCAAUCCCAAUUCUAGUGAUGUUGGGAAUGAAGAUCAUGUUAUUUCUCCUGGAUCUCUAGAAAAGCUAGAGUUGGAGAUCACGGAACUCCUGAAAUCAAGAAGAGGGCUUCCUGUUUCCAUUGCCUCUUUACCAAUGCUGUAUUAUGAGAAGUAUGGAAGGACUCUCCAGGCUGAGGGAUACCUUACAGAGAGUCAAAGACAUGGUAAGGCUGGUUAUAGCCUUACCAAGCUUCUUGCUCGAUUGAAGAACAGCAUCCGCCUCAUUGACAGGCCUCAUGGACAGCACUCAGUGAUUUUGGCUGAAGAUGUUCCUAAGUACUUGGAGUAUGCUGCAGACAGAAGUGAACCGGGUGGAAUUGUUGCUGGUUCCCGGCAGAUAUAUCUUACAUUCCCAGCUGAGAGUACUUUCACUGAACAAGAUGUGUCCAAUUACUUCAGCAAAUUUGGGCCUGUUCAAGAUGUUAGGAUUCCAUGUCAACAGAAGAGGAUGUUUGGUUUUGUCACUUUUGUUUUUGUGGAGACUGUGAAGCAGAUUUUAUCCAAGGGAAAUCCUCAUUUUGUUUGCGGGGCCCGUGUUCUGGUUAAACCUUAUAGAGAGAAGUCAAGGUCUAUGGACAGGAAGUACCCGGAGAAACUGCAGCACCUUAUGCACUAUGGUGCACAAUUUUUAGAUGGAGAUUCUGAGCUGAACUCAAUGCCAAGAGCUAAUGACAACACAAGAUUACUGAGGAAGCAGUUUACUGAGGAGCACGAGCAAGCACUUGAACUUGAGAGGAGGCGUUUCUCGGAGUUGCAAUUCACGCCAAAACCUAUGCCUCCUCCUCAUUCCUAUUUUGGUUACUCAAUGGAUGAGUUGAAGGUUCCAGAUGCCUGUGCGGAACAAAAUGAGUUCCCUUCCGCAGAGCGUUUCAAUUAUUUGUUGGAUGUUCUGAACACGGGUUCGACAAGUGAGGACAGAGUCAGGCGUGUAAGCACUCGUUACAUAGACCAGGAAAGCAGCCAAGGUCUCAAUCUUCCAGAGAGCCCAUUUGCAUCUCCGAUUGUGAGUGGCAUUUCGACAGUUAUAUAGAGAUUCAGAUACAGAUGAAACAUAGAGAGGUAGAGGGACUGAAUUGGAAAGAGGAUUACAAUUACAAUCAUGAGUUUGAUACUACAGAACUCUUUUUCUUCGCUUUUCUUUUUACUUUGAUCAGUCAGCAACUUAGUUGAUACCGAGGGGGACAAACAAAAUAGAUAGGUCUUCUCCAUUUAUGAUGAUGGUGAAAGACACAGAGAAAAGAGGAUACAGUAAAGCUAUAAUAUGUUACAGGUUUAAGUGUAAGGUUUCUUUUUUUCUUUCCAAAUUUUAAUUAAUGUAAUCACAUUAUCACAGAAGAAAGCAGCAAGAAGACAGAGUUGUGGUUUAUUUAGAAGAGGGGGAUGUAAUUAUAGGUUGCUAGUUGAAGAAGAAGAAAGGAAAAAUAGAAAGAAGAUAUAUGCAGGUUCCCAGAACAGAAAGAAAGGAGGAGGUGUGUGUAGACAUCUCUUCGAAACAGUUGCUAAUAAAAUUUUUUUAUUUA